AUGUCUCCUCCUCCGCCCACCCCUGCCAUUUCCUAUCCGCCCAACUCUGAAUUCCGUCAAAUUAUGAAGAAAACCGUCUGUUUCCUGCUCCUCCUCGUGCUGAUCGUCGCAAAACUCGCCGCGUUCACCACAAUCCACUACCGUUUCCGUCAUCUUCCACACGCAAUUAUAUUGUGCACUUAUUUGACGGCCGCCAGUCUCGCCUGCCUUCUUCCAAUGUAUUGUAUGGUUUUGUGUGUGAGAGGACGCGUUUUGUUCAAAUGGUGCGCGUGUGGAGCUAUGGUGAGCAACAGAGUUGAGCGGAAAAACACGGAAGAAUUUUUAUCUUUUUUAGAAAAUUUUUUCAUGAAAUGUGAUCAACUAACGAAAUGUAGAGCAAAGUGAACUCUGCUCAUAGAAAAAUAAUUGUAAAUUUAGCUUUUCAUACAAAAAAGUUAUUCGAGUUGUUCCGUUGGCCCUUUUUUCAGGGAACAACUCGAAUAACUUUUUUGUAUGAAAAGCUAAAUUUACAAUUAUUUUUCUAUGAGCAGAGUUCACUUUGCUCUACAUUUCGUUAGUUGAUCACAUUCCGUGAAAAAAUUUUCUAAAAAAGAUAAAAAUUCUUCCGAUGAGUUCUUCCGCUCAACUCUGGUGAGCAAGUUUGAGCGGAUAUUGUAGAGUUCUAGGAAUGCCCCGGAGUCUGAAAACUUUUUUAUGGUUUCUUGACAUUUGGUAGUGUAUUUUUGUAGUUGACACUUUUUUUGUACAGCUACUAUGAAAAGUACUGUAGACCCGAGAAGUUGGAAGUGGCAGACAGCUUUUGCAAAUUUCCAAGACCUACAGUAACCCGGGGAGUGGUUGUACAAAAAAAUUGUCAUGUAUAAAAGUACAGUACUAAAUCUCAACUUUAUUUUUAUAGUUGACAACUUCUCUCCACAAACACUCCCAAAGAUACUGUAAACGUUCAAAGUCCCGAAAUUUCCAGUUUUUGGAAGCCGCGACCCUCUUCCUCCUCCUGGGCGCCUUCAAAAUCGGCACUUGGGCUAUUGUCGAAGUUUUUUACGUUUCAGGUAAGAGUUUCAGACCUUCUGGAACCCGAAACAUGAUUUUCCAGCUCUAAUCGCCCUUCUAGCCCUAUGCGAAACGCUUUUCGAGCAAAAAGAGCACGAAAAUGAGCUGAUUGAGUUGGCGGAGUUCAGUCGGAUUCAGAGCCCUUACGCGACAUCGUAUCAAUUGGAAAACGAGGAGGAAAUGGAUGAUGACGAUGGAGAUGUCUGGAAAAUUGUCAUGUGCAGAAGUCGGACACUUUGA